AUGUUGCCCUAUUGCAGGCAAGUUUUUCACUCGAUCAUGAUGUGUGCAUUUACAUGGGACUUCACUCAGCGUGCGAAGGCUAUUCCCGACACGAUUCAGCAUGCAGGUGCUAACAUUUGGGAAAGUCGGCUGGCUGGACGUUCUGCUCGGGGUUUUUGCUGGCUUGCUGGGCUGAACAGCUGGGUGCUAUGGAUUGCAGUCGUCCAUGCCAAGGAAGCCGAGGAGACUCAGACCAUGUUUUACAAGGAGUUCUACCGAAAUAGCUUGCCUUGGGGAACGUGGGUGGCGCCACCAUUAGCCCUCACACUCUUUGUCCUGGGGACCUGGCGGAAGUGCACCGCAUUGCAAGCGGACUUUGCUUUUUCACUGUUUUGCUCCUUGCCUCCGGUACUUCUGACACUUGACUUCAUUUUGGUCUUGGCAUCCCCGGAGGUUCGUCAAAGUCAAUUUAGCGCUCGCUAUGACAUGUUUGUAUGGUCCUUCGUGCCACUCUGCACAGCUGCAAGCAUAAUGGCCAUACAGACAUUGGCGCAAGCAGGGUGCCAUCCCCUUCCGUGUGCACUUGCCACCAUUCUUGUGACUUGUAGUUAUUUCCCCUUGUGUGUUGCCAGCUUUGGCUUUCUCUACCUGACGAAAUUGUAUUUGGUCCGGCGCUUCACCCUUGUUUGGCUGAUCCUGCUGAGCCACUCCCUGGACUACAUGGCGCGCAUCCGAGGGAUCCGAGACAUCGAUGCGGUCGAGGGAGUAGAACUGGGAGCAUCAGGAUGA